AUGCCAGCACAACACCAAAAACGAUCUCGCGCCAGCGACGCCGCCGAUAAACCAUCGCGACCGACCGAGGAGCGAAAGCGACGCCGGACUUCGGAUGUCAAUGCACAGAGCCAGAAAAAGACAAAAGAAUCGAGUACCGCCCUCGAGGCUUCGGUGGGCGAUGCCCCGUCACUCGAACUCCAAAAACACAAGAGCCGUGCACCAUGGUCAUUCUCACGCCCAGUCGGCGGUCGCUACAGCAAUGUGGACACCGUGAUGACUUCUGAUGAAGCUCAUCUCUUUAUUGGACUUGAUACGGCAGUCCAGGUCUUUGCAACUUCGACCUCUCGCCUGGUGCGCACCUUGCAGAUGGAGGCUGGACAGAGUGUGAUCGGAUUUAAGAUCUGUCCCAUCGACCAAGAGAUCCUCUACAUUUUCACUUCCAGCUUUGUGACCAAAUGGCACUGGGAUUCUGGAAAGCGACUUGCUCGCUGGGGAAAUGGAUCCCGGGCCGUUGCAGUGGAUGUGCCAUUGGUCGAAAACGAAAGCCAAUUGGCCGCAUACACAAUUGUGAUUCAAAAGGACGGGAAGCGACAGAUUUCGAUCAAUGCCUUGAACGAUAAGAAGGCCCCUGGCAUUAUUGCUCUCAACACCGACGACCAAAUCAACAAGAUCCAAGUUGUUAGUGGGGGAAGAGUUAUCAUUGCUUGUGAUGGCACUCGUGUCUUCAUGGGUACCACAACAAACGUCGAUCUUGAAAAUGCCGAGUCUGUGCAGUAUAAGUGGAGAGAGACGAUCCUUCCAUCCACUGCCACCUGUUUCCACAUGCGCCAGCGCUCCGCACAAGACACCAAGCCUAAGAACUUAGAUGUCAUCGACUUGGCGGUUGGUGAGACAGGCGGAUCCAUCCUGGUCUACCAAGACAUAUUGAGCACUCUUUUUGGACGCAACACAGAGAAGAAAACAUCGCCGCAGAGAUUACACUGGCACCGUGGCGCUGUCAAUACUGUGAGAUGGUCGAGAGAUGGUAACUACAUCCUCUCGGGUGGAAAUGAGUCCGUUAUAGUCCUGUGGCAAUUGGAUACCGGCCGAAAGCAAUACCUACCCCAUCUGUCCUCCCCAAUUGUCAACAUCGUCGUUUCACCACAAGGCAGUUCCUACGUGGUACAACUGGCUGAUAACUCGGCCAUGGUCCUGUCCGCGAGAGAGUUGCAGCCAUCUGCCACCCUGACUGGUCUACAGCUUAGCUCGGAGGGAGGAAACACCAAGGACUCCAAAAAGUCGUUGAGCGCUAUCACAGCCCUCCACCCGCAACACCCAGAGCAGCUACUUGUGGCUGUUCCUGCUUCGCACCAAUCAAACCAUAGGCCCCAGCGCUCCAAUGCUGCCAUGCUGCAAACCUUUGAUAUCAGAUCCAACUCCCACAUUUCCCGCCAGGCUCUUGCUCGAACCAACGCCACAACAUUGAAUGUCGGCCCUGACGGAUCCACAAUAACCACACCUGAUAUCCGGAAUAUGGAUAUCCUCCAGGAUGGAAAAUGGUUGGCGACUGUCGAUUCUUGGACUCCCCACCGCCAAGAUGUGGAGGCUCUUGCUGACAUUGCCUCUCGCCGAGACAACGCUCCAUUGAGACCCGAGAUCUUCCUCAAAUUCUGGAAAUGGAACGCAUCUUCUAGUAUGUGGGAGCUCGUGACUCGUGUUGAUGGGCCCCAUUUCAACGACAACAACCAUGCCGCCGUGCUUGGCUUGGUUGCUCGCCCUAACUCUCACGAGUUCGCAACUCUGGGCGCCGAUGCACUCCUUCGUUUCUGGUGCCCAACCGCUCGUCACCGAAGUGGCCUCAAAACUGACGCUACCCAGCACCAGGAUACAUGGAAAUGCCGCAGCUCAGUCGACUUGACCGGCCGUCUUGGCGAUAGUGCAUCCUUGAAACAGGCCUGCAUGAGCUUCUCCGAAGAUGGCUCCGUCCUCGCAGUCUGCUUGCCAUCCGAGUCUGGCGCAAACGACGGCCUCGUCCUCCUAAUCGAUGUCCACAACUGCACAGUCCACUACCGACGAACCGGUGUCUUCCUCGGCACUCCCCAUUCCGCCAAAUUCCUUGGAAAAUACCUAGUCGUUGCGUCCGCAGGCUCAGUAGCAGUCUGGGAUACAGUAGACGACGUCGUCAAACCAGUCCAGUUACCCGAAUCCACCGCCUCAGCUAGCGCAGCGAACCCGCCUCUCGUCGCAGUAAACUCUCGAACCCAGACAUUCGCCAUCGCUAGCAUUGGCACCGAGACCUCAUCACAGAAGAAGAGACGUCAAACUCGAUUCCACAUUCGGAUUUACGACAUCUCAUCUCUAGACCUCGUUUUCCAAGAAACACUGCCAAGCUGCCCGCUCGCCCUUCUAGCAGAUGUAUACUCCGGUGAUUACAUCGUCGUUGAUGCUGCUUCCAGUGUGCAGCGCCUUGGCUGUCUCGAGAAGGCUUCGCAGAAGACCGUGCAGCCUUUGGAGGUGACUAGCCAUCUCACUUCGGGCCUGGCUAGCAUCUUUAGUCGUGGUAAUGAGAGAGCUCCUGCGCAGGCUAUUGAGGGAAGUAGUGCUCAGAAUAAGGGGCUGGCUAGCGUGUUUGGUGAUACACCUUCGUUCUCGCUGCCUUCUCUUGGUGUUUUGUUCAGGAAUGUUGUUCAGACUCUGGGAAGUAGUUAA